GAGAGAGUGGGUGGAGGUGGAGCUCUCCUGGGAACAAUCAAUGCAUGCAUGCUCUGAUUGUCCAGUGGAGUAAUGGAGGUGCCCUCAAUCCUCUCUUGCUUUUAAUCCCUUCAUCUCUUGGUUGUUGAUGCUUUCUCUCGCUCUCGUUCUCUAUAUAUCUCAAAUUUUUUUUGGGGGUCCAAGAUCUGAGCUUUUAGAUCUAUCGAUUGAUGUAUGUAUGAAAGUGAGGGAGUUGUGGAGUGUUUGUGAAUUGCGAUAUGGGAAUGGUUGUGAUUCUUUAGGGUUUUUUCUUUUUUUUCUCUUUUUUGGGGGUUUUGAUCCGUGUUGUAAAGCAAAAGGUUGGGUUUUGAGGUUGGUUUAGAGAUUCUAGGGCUUUUCUUGCUGGCAUUUCUUUUGGGAAUUUUGAUAAACAGAGAGGAGGGAAGGCCAUUUGUUAGGGUUAGGGUUUGAAGAGGAGAAGAGAGCGCCAUAAGAGUUCAAAAGAGUGUUUUGCUAACUUCUAGGGUUUUGAUUUCAUUCUGGUCUCCUUGUUUUCCUUUGGAAUUUUUGCAGGCAAAUUGGCCAUUGGUGUCAGUGUUUCUUGGGUUAGGGUUAGGGUUUGACUAAUUUUUCUCGGAGAAUAGAAGAGAAGAGAGCGCCAUAAGGGUUCAAAAAUUGUUUGUGAAUAUCUAGGGUUUUGAUUUCAUUUCUGGUUCUCUUCUCUCUCUUUGGAAUUUUUGCAAACAGAGUGUUGGCGGUGUUUCUGGUGUUGUUGUUAGGGUUAGGGUUUCAUUCAUGCAUCUAUCGCUAUGGAAGCCGAUAUCCCACUGCGCCGCCAUGAUCCUGGAUAAGAAGCACCGUAAAUCGGGGCUCAGUGAGGACGGGAAGAAGAAGCCCUCGGUUCUCCGGCAGCUUCAGGAGCACAAGCUCCGAGAAGCCCUAGAAGAGGCCUCCGAGGAUGGCUCCCUCUUCAAGUCCCAAGAAGCUGAUCCUGACUCCGACCCCGGCGCCAACGCCGACGGCGGUUCCAUCGGCCGGUCCCGGUCCUUGGCCCGCCUCCAUGCCCAGCGUGAGUUCCUCCGUGCCACUGCCCUUGCCGCUGACCGCACCUUCUCCUCCGCAGAGUCCAUUCCUGAGCUUGCGGAGUCCUUCUCCAAGUUUCUCACCAUGUACCCUAGGUACCAAUCGUCAGAGCAGAUUGACGCUUUGCGUUCCAAUGAGUAUGCUCACCUCUCUGAGUCCGGGGCCAAGGUAUGCCUUGACUACUGUGGUUUUGGCCUCUUUUCAUAUCUUCAGAGCUUCCAUUGUUGGGAGUCUUCGGCUUUUAGCCUUUCAGAGAUCACUGCUAACCUUAGCAACCAUGCUCUUUAUGGCGGCCCUGAGAGAGGCACUGGUGAACAUGAUAUCAAGCACAGGAUAAUGGACUACUUGAAUAUCCCUGAGAAUGAAUAUGGUUUGGUGUUUACUGUUAGUAGAGGUUCUGCUUUUAAAUUGCUUGCUGACUCGUAUCCUUUCCAUACAAACAAGAAGCUGUUGACAAUGUUUGAUCAUGAGAGCCAGUCGGUGAAUUGGAUGGCUCAGAGCGCAAAGGAGAAGGGGGCAAAGAUUCAGAGUGCUUGGUUUAAGUGGCCGACUUUGAGAAUUUGCUCCACUGAGCUGAGGAAGCAGAUAUCUUCAAACAAGAAGAGGCGGAAGAAGGAUUCGGCUGUUGGGCUUUUUGUGUUCCCGGUGCAGUCUAGAGUCAGCGGAGCCAAGUAUUCAUAUCAGUGGAUGGCAUUGGCACAGCAGAAUAACUGGCAUGUCUUGCUGGAUGCAGGGUCUCUGGGACCGAAGGACAUGGAUUCGCUCGGGCUGUCACUCUUCAGGCCUGAUUUCAUUAUAACAUCGUUCUACCGUGUGUUUGGUUCUGAUCCUACUGGUUUUGGAUGCCUUCUCAUCAAGAAAUCAGUUAUGGCAAGCUUGCAAAACCAAAAUGGGGGCACCGGAUCAGGGAUGGUGAGGAUUGUGCCAGUUUUUCCCCAAUACUUGAGUGAUUCUGUGGAUGGUCUGGAUGGAUUAAUUGGAAUUGAAGAUGAGGAAAUUAUUGAAACUGAAGAUUCAUUGAUGCCUGAUACGCAUAGAGGGUCUCAGCUGCCUGCUUUCUCAGGCGCUUUUACAUCAGCACAGGUCAGGGAUGUUUUUGAUACUGAGAUGGAUCAGGAUAACAGCUCUGACAGGGAUGGUGCGAGCACCAUUUUUGAGGAGACAGAGAGUAUUUCUGUUGGAGAGGUGAUGAAGAGCCCGGUUUUCAGUGAGGAUGAGUCAUCGGACAAUUCAUUCUGGAUUGACUUGGGUCAGAGUCCCAUUGGAUCUGACAAUUCAGGGCAGUUGAAGAGGGGGAAGUUAGGCUCUCCGAUACCACCAUCAUGGUUUUCUGGAAAAAAGAAUCAGAAAAAACUGUCACCUAAAGUUUCAUCCAAGAUUGCAACGAGCCCAAUAUAUGAUGAUCACACUAUUUCUUUUGAUGCAGCACUAAAAUCUGUCUCCCAAGAUCUAGAGAGGGUCAAGGGAAUACCUGAAGAAGAAACAGCUGAAUGUAGUGGGGAUGUGGAUCUUCAUCAGAAUAGGGAAAUUGAAGAAGAGCCUGAAUUUCAAGUCACAAAUGCAUGCAAUGUGAAGUUUUCUGCUGCCAAUGGAACAAGAACUGGAAGUUCUGUUUAUAUGCCACAGCGUAGGCGAGAGAACGGGUCAACAUCUGAGAUAUGUGAAGAAGGCUUCCAGGAGAUGAAAGAAAGUGCAAUAAGAAGGGAGACUGAAGGUGACUUUAGGCUUUUGGGAAGGAGAGAAGGAAAUAACAAUAGGUAUGCUGGGUCCAGAUUCUUUGGUGUGGAAGAAAAUGAGCGUGUUGUAAGCAUGGGUCGUCGGGUCUCCUUCAGCAUGGAGGACAACAAACAUGGUGAAAGGCAGUGUCAAAAUUCAGAUGCCGGUGAGCCGUCUGCACAGACUCUUGGUGAUGAUGAUAGUGAUGGUGAUGAUGAUGAGGAUGCUCAAGAGUGGAGCAGGAGAGAGCCUGAAAUAGUUUGCAGGCAUCUUGAUCAUGUGAACAUGCUGGGCCUCAACAAAACCACCUUGAGGCAACGUUAUCUGAUAAAUUGGCUUGUGACCUCUUUAUUGCAAUUGCGCCUACCAGAUUCGGAUGGAGGAGUUGGAUCUCAUCUCGUCCACAUUUAUGGUCCAAAGAUCAAAUACGAGAGGGGUGCAGCUGUGGCUUUCAAUGUGAAGUCUAGUUCUGGGGCAUUUUUGAAACCUGAUGUUGUUCUGAAGCUUGCUGAGAAAAAUGGAAUUUCUUUGGGUAUUGGUUUCCUAAGUCACAUAAAAGUCCUUGAAAGCCAAAAACAUCUCCAUGGGGCGGUGGAUUUGGGUGAUGCUUCAUUGUGUAAGCCUGUAUCAAAUGGGCGCCAUGACAGUAAGAACACCAUGAUCAGAGUGGAAGUUGUUACUGCCUCUCUUGGCUUCCUUACAAAUUUUGAAGAUGUUUAUAGGAUGUGGGCUUUUGUGGCAAAGUUUCUAGAUCCAACAUUUGCUGAAGAUGAUAGGCCAUCCAUUGUUGUGGAGGCUUCAGAAACAUGACAGCUUGGAUCAAAUUUUCAAAUCCUGUUCAUCUUUAAGUGACCUGCUGCCCUCGGUGCCUCUGAAACACACACAAUUGCAAUCAGUGGUGCCAUAGACCAGUGUGUUGAUGUGAUUGAGCUGAAGAGAAGUUUCAUCUGUAUAUUUCUCUGCGUUUCAUAUCUCAAGAGUUCUUCGUCAUUAAAGGGCGCAGCACUUUGUUGGCUUCUCAUGUGAUUAUUUUAUUGGCCUUGCUAGGUAUGCGUCAUUUUGUUUCUUGUAGAUUUUGCUUGGAAAAUUUCUAUUUUCUGACCACCGGUGCUGCUCUUUUUCGAUCAAAUGUGGUUUGUAAAGAAGUUGAAUGGGCAUGAUGUCGCUUCUGCCAUACUGUAAGAUUAUCCAUUCUAUGAUAGGAAGAGUGAAGCUGGCAUUUCCCUGCUAUUUUAUUCUCUUUGGUUGGUUAUCUGUUAUAAAUGCAAUUUUUACUUUAUUGACUAUAUGCAACUGAUGGUGAACACCCAUAUCUUUCAAGGUUAAUGUGAUUCUUUUCUCA